UGUGUAGGAGAGGCUCCUAUAAAUGGUAAGGCGAUCCUGGGCAGGCAGCUCAUCUCCCCACUGCUCCCUGCCACUGCCAGUGAAACGCCAAGAAGAGGAAGAGGCAGCAGAAGGCGAAGCAUGGCUGAUUUAAAACCCCAGAAUAUCAACUGGCGGACGACUGCCAAUCGGCAAGCGCACUACACAGACAAUUACAACAGCCAGGAGCUCAUCUUGCGGCGAGGUCAACCGUUCACUUUCUCACUGACCCUCAACAGAGCUCUUAGAUCUGGAGAAAGUCUGGGAUUCAUAGCCUCCACAGGGCCCUCCCCCUCAGAAUCAGCCAAAACGAAGGCUGUGUUUUCACUCUCCAACGGGACGAGUGGUGGCAGCUGGUAUGCACAGCUCCUGUCCCAGAGGGAGAGUACUCUGAACAUCUCCAUCUCCAGUCCUGCCAAUGCGCCCAUAGGAUGGUACACGCUGAACCUUCAGGUCUCCUCCCAGGGCAACGACUUUACUCAGAAGCUUGGGAUGUUAAUACUGCUCUUUAACCCCUGGUCGCAAGCGGAUAGUGUCUUUAUGAAUAACCAAGCUGAGAGAGGGGAGUACGUUCUGGAAGAUUCUGGCUCCAUAUUUGUGGGAAGCACAAAUCGAAUUAGCAUGGUUGGCUGGAACUUCGGACAGUUUGAAGGAGACAUUCUGAACAUUUGCCUCUCGAUCCUGGAUAAAAGUCUGAAUUUCCGCCGUGACCCUGCUACUGACGCAGCCCGCAGAGGUGACCCCAAAUAUAUUGGCCGGGUGCUGAGUGCAAUGAUCAAUAGCAAUGAUGACAACGGUGUGAUAGCUGGGAACUGGAGUGGCAGCUACACCGGUGGCCGGGACCCCAGGAACUGGAACGGCAGUGUGGAGAUUCUCAAGGAGUGGAAGAAAUCUGGCUUCAGGCCAGUCCGGUUCGGCCAGUGCUGGGUCUUUGCUGGGACCCUCAACACAGUGCUGCGGUGUUUGGGGAUUCCCGCCCGGGUGAUCACCAACUUCAACUCGGCUCAUGACACAGACAGAAACCUCAGCGUGGAUGUGUACUACGACCCCAUGGGGAACCCCCUGGACAAAGGCAGUGAUAGUGUUUGGAAUUUCCACGUCUGGAAUGAAGCCUGGUUUGUGCGGAAUGACCUGGGCCCCUCAUACAAUGGAUGGCAGGUUCUGGAUGCUACCCCCCAGGAGAGGAGUCAAGGGGUGUUCCAGUGCGGCCCCGCUUCGGUGGCGGCUAUCCGAGAGGGCGAUGUGAACCUGGACUUCGACAUGCCCUUCAUCUUUGCGGAGGUUAAUGCCGACCGCAUCACCUGGAUCUACGAUGCCCGCCGCAACUCCCAGAAGCAGAAUUCCUCAGACACAAACACCAUUGGCAGAUACAUCAGCACGAAGGCGGUGGGCAGCUACUCUCGCAUGGAUGUCACUGAAAAGUACAAGUACCCAGAAGGUUCCAGCCAGGAAAGGCAAGUGUUUGACAAGGCAAUGGGGAAACUUAAACCCAAUAGAACAUUUGGCCCAACGUCUGCAACAGAGGUCGAAAGAGACGAACGGGAGCCCAGCAUCUCUGGGGUGUUCAAGGUCAUGGGCAUAUUGGCAGUGGGCAAAGAAGUCAACCUGGCCCUGACGCUCAAAAACCUGACGAGUGACAUGAAGACAGUGACGGUGAACAUGACGGCCUGGACCAUCGUCUACAAUGGCACCCUUGUCCACGAGGUGUGGAAGGACUCGGUCACCAUCUCUCUGGACCCUGAGGAAGAAGUCCAGCAUCCUGUGAAGAUCACAUACGCUCAGUAUGAGAAGUACCUGAAGGCGGACAACAUGAUCCGGACCACAGCCGUGUGCCAGGCCUCCGAUGAGGCCGAGGUGGUGGUGGAGAGGGACGUCAUCCUGGACAACCCCACCCUGACCCUGGAGUUGCUGGACCAGGCCCAUCUGCGGAAGCCCGUGAACGUGCAGAUGCUCUUCUCCAACCCGCUGGAGGAGCCGGUGAAGAACUGCGUGCUGAUGGUGGAGGGAAGCGGCCUGCUGCUGGGCAGCCUCAAGAUCGACGUGCCGACCCUGCGCCCCAAGGAGCGGUCCCGGGUACGAUUUGAGAUCAUGCCCACCCGGAGUGGCACCAAGCAGCUGGUCGCUGACUUCUCCUGCAACAAGUUCCCUGCGAUCAAGGCCAUGCUGUCUGUCGACGUGGCCGAGUGAAGGGCCCACGAGGCCCCAUACAAACUUGGGUACCAUGGAGCAGGCAGGGCUCGCCUGUCCAGCCUGGGAAACCCACUCUGUCCCCCAAGGCUGCCUGGAUGGGGAGCUCCAGCCUCAGCACACCCCCUCCCUUACUCCCAGGCUGGGCUGGCUCCACCCGGCCUGAGACGUGACCGCUUUGCACGUCCCCUGGCUCUCUCUGGGGCCGCCUGCCUUGUGAGCCCCAUGGUCCUGCUCAGCCCUCUCAUCCUUCAGUGCCGCCGGAUGAGUGGCACCUGGCCCAGCGACUCUGGAUGGAUCCAGGGAAGAAGCCGGUCUGGACUGUUUGCUGAUCCCUAGCCUGCAGUUGGGACAUUCCUGCUCCUCCCUCAGGCCACUGUGGAGGGGAGGGGAUGGUUAGCCAUCUGUCACGGCAACUCACACCCUUAUACUCAAAAUAAAUGUUAAAAAGAGCACGAUCGCA